AUGGAUUGCAUUUCUAAUGCCGCCAUUCCAUACGUGUUCGAUUCCAAUGUGCAAUCCUUAUUUCAAUUUUCCCCCUCUCUAUUCUCUCGUUGCAGCGCCCUGCCCACAGCACGUCCACGUUCCACGGAAUCGGCGAAUUCCAGCGAGCGCUGCCCUUCGCACGACUCCAAUUCCUCGGACAACGGUGGCCAGCGGGACGCGGGGAACAUGUCGGGUGGCGUGCUGCCGGUGGUGCCCACCACAAUGCACUCAACAUUCCCAGCGGUGCCGCAGUCGCUGCCCGCCCAGCCCUCCUCGAUGGAGGCCUACCUGCACAUGGUAGCUGCCGCCGCGCAGCAAUACGGCUUCCCGCUGGCAGCGGCCGCUGCGGCCGGUCCGCGGCUGCCGCUGCCGCUGCCCAGCGAGGCGGCAGCGCCGUUCAAGCUGCCGCCACAAGCGUCACCCACCGCCUCGAGCAGCAACUCGGAGGCGCUGGACUUUCGCACCAAUCUGUAUGCGCGCGCCGAGUCCGCGGAGCCCGUGGCCUCCGAGGAGGAGGAGGAGUUCGAYGACGGCGCCAACAAUCCGCUCGACCUGUCGGUGGGCACGCGCAAGCGCAGCCACGACGCAGAGAGUCCCGUUGGCCAGAUUCAGGUGAAGAAGAUGUUCAAGUCGGAUAGCCCGCCCGCCAAUGCGUCGCCAGUAGCGGCCGCAGCUCCACUGAUGCCCGGCGUCAAUCCCUACCUGGCCGCGGUGGCGGCGGCCAACAUAUUCCGGGCGGGGCAGUUCCCGGACUGGAAUGGCAAGAAUGACCUGGUGGUGGAUCCGCUGGAGAAGAUGUCGGACAUUGUCAAGGGCGGUGCAGGUGGUGGUGGCUCCUCGGGGCUGCACAAGGAGAAGCAGCAGAGCAAGGCGACGCCACCGGCAGCCGUUGCACCGCCGCCCAAGAGUCCUGCGAAUCAAACGGGCUCCGGCAGCGGCAACGGCAGCGGCUCCUCCGGCUCGAAUAACACAGCCGGCGAGGGCGGCGGCGGCGGUGGCAGUGGAGUGACCAAGGCGCGCCACAACAUCUGGCAGUCGCACUGGCAGAACAAGGGCGUGGCCAGCUCGGUGUUCCGCUGCGUGUGGUGCAAGCAGAGCUUCCCCACACUCGAAGCGCUCACCACGCACAUGAAGGACAGCAAGCACUGCGGCGUGAAUGUGCCGCCCUUCGGCAAUCUGCCCAGCAACCAGCCGCACCACCAUUCCACUGCAGCACCACCACCACAGCAGCAGCAGCAGCAGCGCAAGCAGUCCGGCAGUCAGGCGCCCUCGGCGAACGUGAAGAACGCGUUCCAGUAUCGCGGCGAUCCGCCCACGCCGCUGCCCCGCAAGCUGGUGCGCGGCCAGAACGUGUGGCUGGGCAAGGGCGUGGAGCAGGCGAUGCAGAUACUCAAGUGCAUGCGCUGCGGCGAGAGCUUCCGCUCGCUGGGCGAGAUGACCAAGCACAUGCAGGAGACGCAGCACUACACGAACAUACUCUCGCAGGAGCAGAGCAUCUCCAUCAAGUCGGGCAAUGCGAGCAACGACCAUGGCAAGGACAGCGGCCAGAACAGCCUCAGCUCGGAGGAGUCGCGCACCCUGUCCGCCGUGCUCACCUGCAAGGUGUGCGACAAGGCGUUCAGCUCGCUGGGCGACCUCAGCAAUCACAUGGCCAAGAACAAUCACUACGCGGAGCCGCUGCUGCAGUCGGCGGGCGCUCGGAAGCGGCCGGCGCCCAAGAAGCGCGAGAAGUCGCUGCCGGUGCGUAAGCUGCUCGAGCUGAAGGCCAAUCCCGAGGAGCAGCCACUGGAGAAGCCGAAGCCGGAGAAGUCCGAGGCGGCGCUCUUCGCGGAGCGCAUGCGUCAGUAUAUAACGGGCGUGAAGUCGCCCGAGGAAAUUGCCAAAGCCGCCCAGCUGCUGGCCAAGAACAAGUCGCCCGAGCUGGAGCAGAAGAAUGGAGGAGCCAAUGCCGGCAAUGCGGGCUCUGGUGCCGGCACAGGCUCGGGCAAAGCCGGCUCCUCCUCGGUGCUGAGCGCCAUCGAGCAAAUGUUCACCACCAGCUUCGAUACGCCGCCGCGGCACGCCAGUCUGCCGGCGAGCAGCCCCUCGAACUCGUCCACCAAGAACACCUCGCCGGUGGCCAGCAGCAUCCUGAAGCGGCUGGGCAUCGACGAGACGGUGGACUACAACAAGCCGCUGAUCGACACCAGCGAUCCCUACUAUCAGCACUAUCGCUACACGAGCAGCGAGCGCAGCGGCAGCGAGUGCAGCGCCGAGGCUAGGCCGCGCUUGGAGGCGCCAACGCCAGAGAAGCAGCAGCCGUCGCAGCAGCAGCAGCAGCAGUCGACGUCGACGUCGCAGUCGCAGUCGCAGUCGCAGUCGCAGUCAGUGGAAGUGCCCAUCAAGCAGGAGCCAGAGUCGAGUCUUAAAAUGGAAAUCAAGUCUGAGCUGAGCGAUGAGCCGCAGGAUCUGGCCGCUGCUUCGCCCAAAAUUGAAGCCGAGACGCCGUUGCUAAAUGGCAACUACAACAACAACAACAAUAACAGCAGCAGCAGCAACAACAACAAUAACAACAAUGGCAACUCACCCAAAUCAUCGUCCGCUGCCGGCAGUCCGCAGUCGUCGCGUCUGCCGCUGCCGCCGCGCAGCCCAGCGGACAGCCAACGCUCGGCCACGCCCAAAUCGCCCGCCUCCAGUCACAAGUCGUACGACGGCAGCGACAGCAACGCCAAGAAAUACCCCAGCGACUCGCUCAACGCCCUCUCCUCCAUGUUCGAUUCGCUCGGCAGCAGCGGCGCCGGCGGCGGCAGCGGCGCAGCCAAUACGCGCGCCAAGCUGGCAGCGGCAGCGGCAGCGGCAGCAGCCGUCCAAGCCGGUGGCGAUGCAUCCGCGCCGGAGAAUCUGAGCGCCAGCAACUCGCUGGCGGCGCUGCGCCAGUUCUGCGUGAAGAAAGAGAAGACCGCCUAAAGCGUGGGCACGCCAAGAAUUUGCCACCGAAAAUAUUUUUUCGUUGUUUCGAACAAAAUCAAGAUUUUUUGUCAACCUU